AUGAUAAACUUGGCAGAACUCAAGAUUGGACGACUCCGGUACAAUUCACCAUGGACACAAGUCUGCCUUGUCGGCUUUGUAGCCUUUUCUUCUGUGGGCAUGCAUAGUGCGGUCAACGGCCUAGGUGGUGGUGGCUUAGGCGACGUGCGGCUCAGCGAUAUUGCCAACAGCGUUCUAUAUGCCUGUUUCUUUGUUUCUGGUUUCUUCAGCGGCAGCGUCAAUAAUAUCCUUGGUCCUCGUUUCACAAUGGCCCUUGGCACCUCUGGAUACGCCCUUUAUCUUGGUGCUCUAUGGAACUACCACAUCCAUGGCACUCGCUGGUUUGUCAUCUUUGCCGGUGCUUUCCUCGGCGUCACAGCAUCCUUAUUCUGGUCUGCUCAGGGAUCUAUCAUGAUGUCCUACCCCUUGGAAAAAGACAAGGGCCGAUCUUUCACAGCCUUCUGGGUCAUCUUCCAGCUAGGAGCCUUGAUUGGUUCUGUAAUAGCCCUUCGGAUUGAGUUUCACAGUACUCUGCCUUCCAUCUCAACGGGCGUUUAUACCACAUUCAUGAUCAUUAUGCUCACUGCGUUGUUGACUAGCUGGUUGGUUCUGCCGCCCCAUUUAGUCGUCCGCGGAGACGGCACAGUAGUUCAACCUCAAAAGUCACUCAGUCCCAAGCAAGAGAUGCACGAAUUUUUGCAACUCUUCAAAGAUUGGCGGAUGGUGGCUCUAUUUCCGAUGUUUUUUGCAUCCAAUUACUUUUAUUCCUACCAAGGAGCCUUGACUGCGUUUCUCUUUAAUGGACGUACCCGUGCACUGGUGUCUCUCCUAACUGGUCUUGGUUCGAUGAUUGGGUCACUGAUGAUAGGUUAUCUAACUGAUGUCCUGCCUUUCACACGUCGCAAUCGUGCUCUUACAGGGUGUUUCAUUAUCUUCAUUUCGACUUGCAUUAUUUGGGGAUCUGGCAUAGGUUUCCAAGUUCAGUUUACGCGAUCUGACACCAAGGUUCUUCAUCAUUCAAUCCCUUGGGAUUGGACUACUGGUGUAUCUGUUGGACCGAUCCUUCUUCUCUUCGCCUAUUAUAUCGUUGAUGCCUCAUUUCAGGGCCUUGCGUACUAUACCAUGUCUUCCAUGAGUAAUGAACCAUUUAAGUUGGCUCGGAUGGCAGGAUAUUACAAAGGUAUACAAUCGGCAGGUGCCGCCGUAUCAUUUAGAAUGGAUGCCGUCAAGACCCCAUUCAUUGGAGAGAUUCUCAUCUCGUCUUUACUUAUUAUCUUGUCACUGCCUCUUGCUGCAUAUGUUAUUUGGAGUAUUCGGGACACAAACUACGACAUCGAGAAUAUUCAAUAUGCUGAAGAUGCUAAAUCACAAGAUUGUGAGACUGUUCAGCCAGUUCACCUUGAAACAAGAAGCGCAAAGGAUUAA